UCCAGGAGGUAUGCCAGUGCCUGAGGUGGCGUCUAACAUUGCCAGUGCUGCCGCCAUGUUGAGCCCCGUCCUCAACGCCUCCAACGGAGAUGGAUCCGAGUCCGAAACCACCUCCGCCAUCCUCGCCUCCGUCAAGGAGCAGGAGUUGCAGUUUGAACGUCUGACCAGGGAGCUGGAAGCAGAGCGGCAGAUCGUUGCCAGUCAGCUGGAGAGAUGCAAGCUUGGCUCUGAGACCGGAAGCAUGACUAGUAUCAGCUCAGCAGAUGAGAAAUUUCGCUGGAACAACCAAGAUGGACACAAGGAUAUCGAGGAGGAGCUGACGACAGGCUUGGAGCUGGUGGACUCCUGCAUCCGAUCGCUCCAGGAAUCAGGCAUCUUGGACUCGCAGGACACUAUUGGAGACAGACAAGGACUUCUGUCCCAAAGCGCUUUGCAGCUCAACCACCAGGAUGCCUAUGCAGCAGCUGGUUACCAUAGUAACCACGGUCUUGCACUUGGGGAAUCGGUCAUGGGCCGUGGCGGGCAGAUUGGAGGGGCUGUUCACAGCUACAACCAGGUGACAUCCAGCCGUGCAGCUGCCCACUUAGUGGGAACUGACUCUCCCUCCCAGUCACAGAGAGACUCAUUUGCCCAUGGCAGCGCCUUCCACAUGCCCGCUGAUGGAUCUUCACCUGGCGGACCACCCAUGUAUUACUCCUGUGCCACUUUGCCCGCACAGCGUGUGAGCUCCCCUCUACAGGCGAUGGGAUCCCCCACCAAGCUGCAGCGCCUGGGAUCAGCGUCCUCCGACAUGCCCAGUUACGCCACGCUACAGAGGGUGUCCUCGCCCAAACAGUCCCCAAACCGGCUCGCCAAGUCCUACAGCACUUCAUCGCCCAUCAACAUGGUUGCAUCGGGUGCCGCUGGCUCCUCCUCCCCGCUCCCCAUGACAGCCUCCCCAGGGAACCACAGCUCGUCGCCCAUCCACCAGCUCAGCUCAGUGGUGGGCAGCUACGCCACCCUGUCGCCCACCAAGCGCAUGCUGCAUCACAUAGGACCAGACGGCUACAAGAUUUCCCACGAGCUGUACGCCAACGCAACCCUGCAAAGGCCUGGUAGCCUGGCAGGUAGAGGCUCCAGAGGUUCCUACAGCAGCCAGCUCAGCCAGCUCAGCCAGCUCAGUCACCUGGGCGCUGAGCUCCGACCCCUGCAGUCCCCUGAACACCACAUCGACCCUAUCUAUGAGGACCGAGUCUACACCAAACCCAACCUUAGAGGACAAGCCCCGUCUUCCCCUGGUGUCGACCCAAUCCCCUUGCAGCGAACAGGAAGCCAGAGCGCCGCGGGAACCUUUCAGAGAGGCAGCUUUGCCGCAGGAGGUGGGGCUGCUGACUAUGGAAACCCGUACCGCACUCUGCAGUUCUGCCCAUCCACCGAAUCGCCUUACAGCAAGUCGGGCCCAGCACUCGCCCCUGAGGCCACCCUAGGCCGGUCUCCAUCGGUGGACAGCAUCCAGAAGGACCCAAGGUACGACCCAGAAUUCCUUGUGUGGAAUCAAAAUCAAGCCGAGCAAAGAAUGACAAAGUAA